AUGUUAUUAACAGCUGACAAAACAAUAAAUAAAAACCACUUAAAAUUUCGAAAUGAUGUUUGUCCAAAAUUUCGAAUAGUGGUGGACCUGUUUUAUCAGUUUUACCAUUACAAACAUAAAAAUGUACGACUAACACCAAGUGAAGACAUGAAUACGGUAGAGGUAGUGGAAUCUUUGAAGCCGAAUGCAAUGGAAAGAAUUUGGAGGUGCAAACAAAAAACAGAAGGAAACACUUGA